AUGGUGUUCGCGCGUGGCGAUGUCUCCGGGAAUGAUGAUCCGGUAAUUGGUAAACUAGAACACCAGCAACUGAGAUCGAGAAUAUUGACUAACAAUGACACAGAUCAUCAAGAUCCUAGCAAAGAUGUCACAAUUGUGUCCUGGGACGGGCCGCAGGAUCCCGGAAACCCUUACAAUUGGUCUCUGUGCGAGAAAUGGCUUCUCACAGCCCUCGCCGUAUUCGCCACCUUCAUGACCAUGAUCAACGGCACAAUAUUCACAGUAGCACACGAUACUAUGAAUGAACGCUUUCACCUUUCGGACGCUCAUUUCCCUCACUCCUACUGGCCUGUCACAUCGUGGGCCGUUGGCGGCGGCUGUUUCUCUUUUUUCGUCCUCCCUCUAAUGGAGGACUUUGGUGUACGAUAUGUGUUUUUGGGCACGUACGUGACAUUCCUCUGUUUUGUCGUGCCCCAGGCUGUGGCACAGAAUUUUUACACGUUGGUCAUAACGAGAUUCUUUGCCGGAGGAUGUGUCUCCAUCCUUGCCAAUACUUCUGGCACGGUGAUUGGGAAUGUCUGGGACACGGAGCGAAAUCGAAAUGUCCCCGUUAGUCUUUUUAUCGUUGCCUAUCUGUCGGGUAGUAGCAUUGGACCCGUAAUUGGAGCUGCUAUCUACCAGGCUCUCACAUGGAGGUGGAUUGGCUAUAUCCAGCUCAUGUGGUAUGGUGCUUUCUUCCCUCUGUACUUCUUCUUGUUUAAAGAGUGUCGUGGAAUCGCAAUUCUAGGACAGCGGGCUAAGGCUCUGCGACGCGAAGGCAAGAACGCCUAUACUCAACAUGAAAUUGACACACAAGGCCAGUCGAUUUUGAGCAUCGUGGGCCACAGCGCGAGCAGGCCUCUUUUCCUGUUCUUCACCGAGUCCGUGGUAUUUGUGUCCACGCUAUGGUCCGCCUUUACCGUCGGUACAUUAUAUCUGUUCACUCAAUCCGUUGAGCAGGUAUUCGCAGAGCUGUAUGAUUGGACACCAUCGCAGUCUGGAUACGUCCAAGCAGCAGUCGUGAUCGGAGAGAUUCUAGGAUGGGUGAUUACCUUGUUCUCAGGCAAGCUUUAUUUUGACUCGGCAUCCCGCAACAAGGAGAUCCCCGGCACGCCUAUACCCGAGGCUCGGCUGUACCUCGCCAUUGUGGGCGGUAUAUUCGGCAUCUCCGGUGGUAUGUUCACAUACGCCUGGACGUCAUACCCCAAUUUUCCGUGGAUCGCACCGGCCGUUGGUCUCGCCAUGGUAGGGGCCGGUAGUGUCAUUGUCGUGACGGGAAUCUCCGACUAUGUGGUCGAUUCGUACAGCAAAUAUGCGGGCAGUUGUAUGGGUAUCAUUGCCACUGGCGAGAAUACCCUGGCGGCGUUCCUGCCUUUAGCUACUAUGAGCAUGUAUUCUCAUCUUGGCCUCCAGUGGGCUAGUACGGUACUAGCCUUUAUUGCGCUGGUUCUGUCCUUUGCCCCGGUAUUGGUGCUGGUCUGGGGUAAAGAUAUCCGAGCACGGAGUCCGUUCAUGAAGGAAGCCAUGGUGGAAAAGAGGAGAAAGAGCAUUGACUCUGUUUGA